AUGUACUCCGCCUCUAUUAGCGAGACCGCCACCGUUGGUUGCAGCCUGCUACCAGCUCACCGCCCCCCGUACAUUGGGAAGACGUAUCCCAUUGCGGGCCACUUCGUGUCCACGUCACCCGCCGAGCAACGGACGCGGGCGCAAAGGAUCUCCUCUGAAAGGGGGAUUGCCCUAUCUGAGAAGGAAGGUGUGGUGAGAAUGGAGGCGGUGCAACACAAGGGAUUGUGGGAGAUUGCAACGGUGAAGAAGGCAAGAGCGUUUUUGGCGGUCAAGGGGCCGGUCAAGACGGAGCGUUGGUUUGGAAAGGCGGCACCGAAGCCGCAGGUGAAAGUGGAGAAGAAGCAAGUGGAGGUGAAGCCGGUCAACUUCAUUGAGGUUGACCUUGAGUCGGACGAUGAGUCGGACGACGGGGUGAAAGACUCCCAACUGGUGGAUGUGAGCGUCGGGGAGACGAAGACCCCGACGGUGACGAAAAUGGAGAAGCACGGCGCAACGAAAGCCGUGGGAGCAGCAACGGAAGCGGUGGGAGCAACCGCAGCGGAAGGCGUGGGAGCACGGAUCGAGUAA